GCCCUCGGGAUCAAGGAUCACGGCAUGAUUCUGAACAGGAUAAUUCAGACAACAACACCAUCUUUGUGCAAGGCCUGGGCGAGAAUGUUACAAUUGAAUCUGUGGCUGACUACUUCAAGCAGAUUGGUAUUAUUAAGACAAAUAAGAAAACUGGACAGCCCAUGAUUAACUUGUACACAGACAGGGAAACGGGCAAGCUGAAGGGAGAGGCAACGGUCUCCUUUGAUGACCCACCUUCUGCUAAAGCAGCUAUUGACUGGUUUGAUGGUAAAGAAUUCUCUGGGAAUCCUAUCAAGGUCUCAUUUGCAACUCGCCGAGCAGACUUCAAUCGGGGUGGUGGCAAUGGUCGUGGAGGACGAGGGCGAGGAGGCCCCAUGGGCCGUGGAGGUUAUGGAGGAGGUGGCAGUGGUGGUGGUGGCCGAGGAGGAUUCCCCAGUGGAGGUGGUGGUGGUGGAGGACAGCAGCGAGCAGGGGACUGGAAGUGUCCUAAUCCUACAUGUGAGAACAUGAACUUCUCUUGGAGAAAUGAAUGCAACCAGUGUAAGGCCCCUAAACCAGAUGGCCCCGGAGGGGGACCAGGAGGCUCUCAUAUGGGGGGUAACUAUGGAGAUGAUCGUCGUGGUGGCAGAGGAGGCUAUGAUCGGGGUGGCUACCGAGGCCGAGGCGGGGACCGAGGGGGCUUCCGAGGGGGCCGGGGUGGUGGGGACAGAGGUGGCUUUGGCCCUGGCAAGAUGGAUUCCAGAGGUGAGCACAGACAGGAUCGCAGGGAGAGGCCGUAUUAGCCUGACUCCUGAAGUUCUGGAACAGCUUUUCUUCCUGAACCCAGUGUUACCCUUGUUAUUUUGUAACCUUUCAAUUCCUGAUCACCCAUGGAUUUUUUUUUUUUUGUGUUGGACUAUGUAAUUGUAACAAUACUUCUGGUUCCCAUUAAAAACCAUUGUUUUAGUUAAAA